UGAAGAAUCCGACGGUGGAGGGACAACCAUCCGCGGAGACACGGAGCCGCUCGCGCCCAAGUCUUUGGAAUCUAACCCUUUCUUUUCCCUAUGUCCUUCCCUAGUUAAAUGCACACACCCACCCACCCACUAAACUAACUCAACUCCAGUUAAUUGUUAAAUCCAACCCAUGCUUCAAAAUCAGGUUCUUCUUUAUAUAUAUGCCACCUUCCCCUUCUCCUUGCACCUUAAUUUCUCUUCUCCAUCUCCCUGAAUCUCCUUUCUUUGCUUCUUCUCUAAUUGGAUACUCACUCUGCCCUGCCAAUUCUUCAAGCUAAUCAUUUUGGGUCUGAGUUGGGUUUUGUGUUUGUGUUUAUGUGAGUAGAAAGAAAAAAUGAGUUGCAACGGUUGCAGAGUCUUACGCAAAGGGUGCAGCGAAACCUGUAUUUUACGGCCGUGUUUACAGUGGAUCGAGAGCCCUGAAGCCCAAGGCCACGCCACCGUCUUCGUCGCUAAGUUCUUUGGCCGCGCCGGUCUCAUGUCUUUCAUCUCAGCCGUUCCCGAAAGCCAGCGUCCUGCUUUGUUUCAAUCUUUAUUAUUUGAAGCCUGCGGUAGAACCGUGAAUCCUGUAAACGGCGCUGUAGGGCUCCUGUGGACUGGUAAUUGGCACGUUUGCGAAGCCGCUGUAGAAACUGUUCUACGCGGCGGCACGCUGCGGCCGAUGCCUGAGCUUCUCGCAGCAGGAGGAUCUCCGUCCCCGGCGUCCGACGAAGCGUCCGAGGUUGAAGUGGCCUGUACGGACAUGUGGAAACUCCAGGAUCCAAAUCCGAUUCACCAUUCCCGAUUUUCCAAUUCGAGAUCCAAAGUGUCGCCAAAACGGAAAAUAAUGGACGAACCUGUGAAUAUGGUUAAGCAGCAACAAUUUCAGCUACAGUUACCGAAGAACGAUCUGGAUCUUCGGUUGAUGCAGAUCUUCUCCCCAAAAACAUCGCCGUGUAAACCGGAAAACCUGAGGCUGGGCAGUCCGUCUAUGAAUUCAGAGGAGUCGGUGACGACGACGAUAACGUGUUUGGAGAGCGGACCGGGAGGAAAGCUCCUGAACCUGUUUGUUUAGGGAAAGAUGAAAAAAAAAAAAAGUGUUCUGUUUAAUUUUGUGCAUCUGACAUUUCCAGCAUGGGAAUUAGUCCAUUUUCAUAAGUUUUGGUUAAUUUUCCACCCCGGAAUUGGAUUAAUUAUCCGGCGAGUUUUCGUAAAUCACCGGCAGAGGAUUUCUCUUAUGAGUAUUGAUCAAGAGAACAAAUGAAUUUGCCGGUGAUUGUUCUGUAAAAUUUGUUUUGUGAUGUCUGUAUGACAUGAAUAAUAAAUAAUAAAAAAAUUACUUGUUUCA